AUGGUCAACGCUCGGCCGACCCUGGCCCUCAGCGGGAGUAGCGACAACACACUCCGACUGUGGGACGUCGACAGGGGCCAGAGCCUCCGCGCGAUGCGCCACUCGGGCUGGGUCUGGUGCCUCGACGUCGAGUGGGACAUCGAGCGCGCCCUGACGGGCAGCGAGGACGGCGCCCUCCGCCUCUGGGACCUGGAGCGCGGCGAGGCCGUGCGGGUGCUGCGGGGCCAUCGGCUCGCGGUGCUGUGCCUCGCCGUGGACUGGGCCGCGCAGCGGGCGCUGUCCGGCAGCGCGGACCGCACGCUGAGGCUGUGGGACAUGGAGCAGGGGACGUCGCUGAGAGAGCUGUGCGGCCACCGCGACUGGGUGAGAUGCCUGGCCGUCGACUGGACGCGCUCGCGGGCCCUGAGCGGAGGUGACGACGGUUGCCUGCGGCUGUGGGACCUCGGCCGCGGGGAGACCAUCCGCGUGCUGCGCGGCGCAGCGGGCGCCAUCCACGCGGCGUCGUUGCACCUGGCGGAGCGGGAGGCCCUGAGCGGCGGCUCCGCGGGCGCCCUCCAGGUUUGGGACCUCGGCCUCGGACGCAUCUCCAUGCUGCUGCAAGGGCAUACGGGCACGAUCAGGUGCGUCGAGACCGACUGGCCCUCGAGGCGGGCGUUGACCGGCUCGGACGACGGCGCGGUGCGGCUCUGGCACCUCGGCAUGGGCUGCGAGCUCCGGGUCCUGCGCGGCCGCGGCGGCAGUGCGUGGUGCUUGGCGUCGAGCUGGACGCUGGGCUGCGCGCUGUCAGGACGCGACGACGCCUCGCUGAAGGUUUGGAACCUGGACAUGGGAGGAACCGGUCGGGGAGCUGACGGGCCACGGCAUGCAGGUGAACUGCGUGGCCAUGAGGCCCACCUGGGCUGA